CAGUUCUCCUCGGGCAGCUAGAGAAACAGGGUGGUAAGAGAUGUUAAUGCUCAGCUCACCAGAUAGGGAGGCACAUGACUAUAGAAGAGCUUCUGGUUGAAGGCGGUCUUCUUGAAUUCUAAAGUCAGAAGGAGAAGGCUCCCUCAGCGUAACUGGCAGGGCUCUGCCAAGGAGAAAGAAGUACAGAUUGGCCCUGUAAGUCCCUGUCCCUUCUGCUAGAACGUGGUGUUUUUUCCUCCUCGCGGUCACCAGGACCUUCUCCCAGGAGAUUCCAUUCGAUCCGAGAGCUCCACGGACAGGAGGGUCCCCUGGAAGCAUGGACCUCGGUGAAACAUGGCCCCUGGAGGAAGGAACCUGGUUGUCUCAUGCUGGAAUUCAUCACUUUGCCAACACCAGAGGGGACAGUGAGUUUGUGGAAGCCUCUUCCGCGCCCUACAGCCCGGAGGAGUUAGGUCCCCCUCCUGUUUGUUACAGCCCCGGUAGUCCCGCCCCGAUUCUGGAAGACCCCAACUACUUUUUCCCUGACUUCCAGCUCUAUUCUGGGAGGCGUGAACCAUCUGCUUUGACAGUGGAGGCAAACGGUAGUAGCAUCAGGGAAAAAGUUGUUGAGGAGCCCCCGUGUCACUUCCAGCCCCCAAGCCUCCUGCGGACGUCAGAGGUGGAGAUGAGAGGUUCCGAGGAUGCGGCCGCUGGGACAGUGUUACAGCGGCUGAUCCAGGAACAACUGCGGUAUGGCACCCCGACCGAGAACAUGAACUUGCUGGCCAUUCAGCACCAGGCCACAGGGAGCGCAGGACCCGCCCACCCCACGAACAGCUUUUCUUCCACGGAAAACCUCGCUCCAGAAGACCCACCAAUGGUCUACCAGGCGGCGCGCCAGGAGCCGCAGGGUCAGGAACACCAGGUGGACAACACGGCGAUGGAGAAGCAGGUGCGGCCCCCGCAGCCUCAGCAGAACAACGAGGAGCUGCCCACGUACGAGGAGGCCAAGGCGCAGUCCCAGUUCUUUCGGGGGCAGCAGCCACCGCCGCCACCGCCGCCACAGGGGACUGUUGGGCACGGUUACUACAUGGCUGGGGCCGGCGGUCAGAAGGCCCGGACCGAGGGCAGGCCCACGGUGAGCCGCGCCAGCAGCGGGCAGGCGCACAAGGAUGAGGCGCUGAAGGAGCUCAAGCAGGGCCACGUGCGCUCUCUCAGCGAGAGGAUCAUGCAGCUGUCGUUGGAGAGGAACGGUGCUAAGCAGCACCUCCCUGGCUCUGGCAACGGAAAGGGGUUCAAGGCAGGAGGGGGACCCUCCCCCGCCCAGCCCGCGGGGAAAGUGCUGGACCCCCGGGGUCCUCCGCCCGAGUACCCCUACAAGACCAAGCAGAUGGUGUCCCCCGUCAGCAAGAGCCAGGAGCACGGACUCUUCUACAGCGACCAGCACCCAGCGAUGCUGCACGAGAUGGUCAAGCCGUACCCCGCCCCUCAGCCCGCGAGAACAGAAGUGGCCGUCCUGCGGUACCAGCCGCCCCCAGAGUAUGGGGUGACCAGCCGCCCCUGCCAGCUCCCUUUCCCGUCAACGGUGCAGCAGCACAGCCCGAUGUCCUCCCAGAACCCCCCGGUCAGCGGGCCGCUGCACUCCGUGUCCUUGCCGCUGCCGCUCCCCAUGACCCUGGCAGGCCCGCAGCCCCCGCCAGCCGCCUCACCCAGCCAGCAGCUCGGGCCUGAUGCCUUCGCUAUCGUGGAGCGAGCCCAGCAGAUGGUGGAGAUACUCACUGAGGAGAACCGGGUGCUUCACCAGGAACUUCAGGGUUACUAUGACAAUGCCGACAAGCUCCACAAGUUUGAAAAAGAACUUCAGAGAAUUUCAGAAGCCUAUGAAAGCCUGGUCAAGUCCACUACCAAGCGGGAAUCACUGGACAAGGCGAUGAGAAACAAACUGGAAGGAGAGAUCCGGAGGCUUCAUGACUUCAACAGAGACCUCCGAGAUCGCCUGGAGACAGCCAACAGGCAGCUGUCCAGCAGGGAAUACGACGGGCACGAAGACAGAGCUGCAGAGGGGCUGUACGCUUCCCAGAACAAAGAAUUCUUGAAGGAGAAGGAGAAGUUGGAAAUGGAGUUAGCGGCAGUGCGGACCGCGAGUGAGGACCACCGGAGACACAUUGAGAUCCUGGACCAGGCUCUGAGCAACGCCCAGGCCAGGGUCAUCAAGCUGGAAGAGGAGUUACGAGAGAAGCAAGCCUAUGUGGAGAAGGUGGAGAAGCUCCAGCAGGCCCUGAGCCAGCUGCAGUCUGCAUGUGAGAAGCGGGAGCAGAUGGAGCGGAGACUGCGGACCUGGCUGGAGAGAGAGCUGGAUGCGCUGAGGACCCAGCAGAAACAUGGAAACGGCCAGCCACCAGGCAUGCCGGAGUAUAACGCCCCAGCCCUCAUGGAACUCGUGAGGGAGAAGGAGGAGCGCAUCCUGGCCCUGGAGGCCGACAUGACCAAAUGGGAGCAGAAGUACCUGGAGGAGAGUACCAUCCGGCACUUCGCCAUGAACGCCGCGGCCACUGCAGCGGCUGAGAGGGACACCACGAUCAUCAACCACUCGAGGAAUGGCAGCUACGGCGAGAGCUCGCUCGAGGCCCACAUCUGGCAAGACGAGGAGGAGGUGGCACAGGCCACCAGGAGGUGUCAGGACAUGGAGUACACCAUUAAGAAUCUCCAUGCCAAAAUCAUAGAGAAGGAUGCCAUGAUUAAGGUCCUUCAGCAGCGGUCCCGUAAAGACACCGGGAAGACAGACUCCUCCAGCCUGCGUCCCGCCCGCUCCGUCCCGUCCAUUGCUGCGGCCACGGGGACCCACUCCCGCCAGACCUCGCUUACCAGCAGCCAGCUGGCCGAGGAGAAGAAGGAGGAGAAGCCCUGGAAGGGGAGCAUAGGGUUGCUGCUAGGGAAGGACCACCAUGAACACGCCUCCCCCGCCCUGGCCAGCAGUGCCCACGCAAAGACGGGCAGCAAGGACAGCAGCACCCAGACCGACAAGAGCACGGAGCUCUUCUGGCCCAGCAUGGCCUCCCUGCCCACCCGUGGCCGGCUGAGCGUGACCCCUUCCAACAGCCCCAUCCUGAAACACCCGGGGGCCAAAGGGACUGCGGAGAAACCGGAGAACCCUCUGGGCCACGGGAAGUCCCCUGACCACAAAGGCCGCGUCAGCAGCUUGCUCCACAAGCCCGAGUUCCCUGACGGGGAGAUGAUGGAGGUUCUCAUCUAACGUCGGCGUCCUGCUCCUUCUUGGAGGGGCUCUUGACAAACGAGGAGGGCGGCCGAGAGGCAGAAGAAAGAUUGAGAAAGUCGUGGAUGGAAAAUCAGGAAGGAUCUGAACUGAUGAAGAUCUUAAAUUAGCAAGAACGCUUUUUAUAAACGUUUAAAAAGAAAAUCAGGAGACCUACAUGACUGAAGACGAGAACGCUAUGGAUUCGCGUCACGUAUGGUGGAGGAGAAGAUGCAUGUAGGCUUGGAAACCGAGACGUCGCAGGAAGUGGGAUUCUCACUGUGUAGAAAAUGUAUCUCUCGGGGAGGGUCUGUGUACACCUGCCCUCUGGCUAUAAACACAUAAACCUGAACGUGGAUCUUCCGUGAAAUACCCCCCCCUUCUCCUUGCCUCUUAGCAUGUUUAUUUUGGGGAUCAUUAUUUUUUUUUUAAAAGAAGAACCUCCUAGAAAUCUCUGAGAGCCUCUCUCGGCAUCCUGUCAUGUCACCUGUGCCAUCAGGGUUUCCUGUGAAUGUGUGUGGGGUUGGCAGCGAGAAGCUGUGUCCGCGUGAUGGACACUUAGAAGGAGGUUCUCACCCAACUCCUUGCUUGGUUUGGAUUUUGAGGAGACUGUGGGGCUUCUUAGAUUUUCCGGAUUCAGCAGGAAAAACCCGAAGCAGGAAGGGAGCGUUCUGAUCUUGGUGCUCAAAUUCCCUAACUGCUCUCAGUUUCAUCUCUUCCUCUGCUUCAUUCUUUCAUUUUAUUCUUCUUUGCUUUCCCUUCCUUUCCUUGUUACUACAACACGGCGGGAUUCCUCAGGUCUGGGAUUUGUUAGAGCAGAAUCAGAUUUCUGCUUCGCAGUGACCAGUGGGACAGAGCCGUGUGCUGGAGGCCUGGCCGCCUCCUCCCCCUUGGAGUCCCGGGGCUCAGUGUGACGGGGAACGAGGUGAGUGCCGGUGAGGCAGAAGACGCCACGGUCACUGUGACGUCCUGCGUUCAGAUCGUGGCCCUGGCUCUUCUGUCUCACAUCUUGCACAGAGCUCUGCCCUUCUGCCCCGUUGCUCUGUUGGGCUAAUGGGACUUUCAGGACUGCCCUCCAGGAAGUGAAUGACACUUGGGACAGCUUGCGUGACUGCCUAGAGUCCGAGCCUGUUCACCUCGCUCCCCACCCCUCGCACUCCUCUGGUUGCCGUGGACAACCGCGCAGAUCUCCAUGUUAGCAUGUCAGUGUUUCUGUGCCACGAACUGGCUUUGUGACCUAAUGGGCCAGUAUAUAUAUAGUCACAGGUUGCGAGGAUUCGGUGUGGGGUAAGCUGACUAAAGCAGGACAGAGCAUCAUGUCAAAGAGCCAGGAGUGAAGGGGGUCGGGGGCCCCUGACUCCUCAGACACUGGCUUUCUUUACGAAUCUGAAGGCUGCUGGAUCAGGGGAGAGGAGACGCUAACCAGGCUGGCAGACGUUCUUGGGGAUACUUUCCUCUCUCCAGGUCAGCUGGACCCUUCUGAUCCCAAGCCCUUUGCUAAAGG